AUGAACAGAAGCAUUGCUUUUAAAGUAGUUCUAUUAGGAGAAGGUAGUGUUGGCAAGACUUCAAUAGUUCUACGUUAUACAGAAAAUUUAUUUAAUGAUAAACAUCUUGAAACACAACAAGCUUCUUUCAAAACAAAAAAAUUAAAUUUGGAUGGUCGUCGAAUUGAUUUAGCUAUAUGGGAUACAGCAGGACAAGAACGAUUUCGAGCACUUGGUCCUUUAUAUUAUCGUGAAGCAAAUGGUGCUAUACUUGUAUUUGAUAUAACAGAUGAAGAUUCAUUUGAUCGAGUAAAAAGUUGGGUAAAAGAAUUAAAACGAAUGCUGGGCGAUGAUGUAGUUUUAUGUAUUGUUGGAAAUAAAAUUGAUCUUGAAAAAGAUCGUCAUGUAUCCAUGCAAACCGCUGAAGAAUAUGCUCGAUCGGUUAAUGCAAAACUUCACCAUACAUCAGCUAAAUUAAAUAAAGGAAUUGAAGAACUUUUUCAGGAUUUAGCUGCUCGUAUGCUUGAAAAAGUUCCAGCAAAUCCGAAUAAUUCGAAUACACAUCGACCAGGUGGAAUUCCCAUUCAAUCAUCUACGACAACAGAUGGAAAUGGUCGACAAAAGACUGGCUCUUGUUGCUAG